UAACCAAACAGCCACCAGUCUCCCAACCAUAAAUAACUUCCCCAGGUCUUCUCCUGCGCUCCACUUCUGUCGCUCGCCUCCCUCCUUCUCCUUUCGUUCUUUAUCUUAAAAACGAGCGCCAGGGUACUUGGAAGUGGGCUUUCUCUCACUCGCUUCCUCGGUGGGUGGUGUUCUUGUGGGAAUUGUGAGAGAAAGAGAUGGGCAUCUUCUCGCUGGUGACGGGGUGGCCCGGGCUGAGUGGGUUUGGAUCCGCUUCCACCGCAGAGCAGGUCGCCGACGGCAUCGACGCCAGCAAUCUCACUGCCAUCGUCACUGGAGGAGCAAGUGGGAUUGGUGCGGAGACUGCAAGAGUCUUGGCACUUUGUGGAGCCCAUGUCGUCAUUGGUGCAAGGAACAUGGAGGCUGCAAAUGAUACAAAGCAACUCAUCCUCGACAGCAAUCCAGCAGCUAGGGUUGAUGCUUUGAAGCUUGAUCUUAGCUCAUUAAAGUCUGUACGAGCAUUUGCAGAUAAAUUCAUAUCGAUGGAUCUUCCUCUAAACAUCCUAAUAAACAAUGCUGGUGUUAUGUUCUGUCCGUACCAACUUUCAGAUGAUGGAAUAGAGAUGCAUUUUGCCACCAAUCAUCUUGGUCACUUUUUGUUGACAAACCUUCUUCUUGAGAAAAUGAAGAGCACAGAAAGGAAGACAGGGAUCGAAGGUCGCAUUGUAAAUCUGUCGUCUAUUGCACACCUUCAUUCAUAUGAUGAAGGAAUACGGUUUGAUAAACUCAAUGACAAGGAUGGAUAUUCUGAUAAAAGAGCAUAUGGUCAAUCGAAACUGGCAAAUAUAUUGCACGCCAACGAGCUAUCAAGACGUUUGCAGGAAGAAGGUGCAAAUAUUACUGUAAAUUCUGUCCAUCCGGGAUUGAUCGUGACAGCUCUGUGGAGACAUUCUUUUCUUCUGAUGAGGGUUCUAAGAUUAUUCACUUACCUAUUUUGGAAGAAUGUACCACAGGGAGCAGCUACUACAUGCUACGUUGCAUUGCAUCCGAGCGUCAAGGGUGUGACAGGGAAGUACUUCCUUGACUGCAAUGAGGAGAAGCCCGGGGUAAUGGCCGGAGAUGAAGCCUUGGGCAAGAAGCUCUGGGACUUCAGCGAGAAGCUGGUUAAGUCAGCUCAGUAAUAUCUAGGUAAGAUCAGACUAGGAGCUACCGAUAGAAUUAUAGCACCCUCUUGCUGAUAUGGUGUCGGACUAUCUGUAUUGUCAGAAGAAUAUCUAGCUUCACACGAAUUUGUUUCCUGAAUCUGCACCCAGUUGUAAUCCACAUGCUACCACUGAUUCCCUGGAACCAGUAUUGGUAAUACUUUGAAAUGACCGGAACUCCAGUGAUGUGAGAAAUAAAUCAAUCUCUUUUAGAAGUAAA